AACACUAGAGCCAUGUGUUUUAGCUACACGCUUUGAAGGGCUCAAAAAAUCUUUUCAGAACUGUUUCUGAGAAACGUGUAAAGACAGAGAGAGAGAGCAAGAAAAAAAAAGAGGAGGAGAGUGCAGUGUGAGGGAAAGAGAUGGGGAGCAGAAAGAGCUGCAGACAAAAACAAGCUGUCUUCCAUGUGGUGAUUUGAUCUCAGUUGUUGAAGGAAUACUUUUGUUGGACAAUAUUUCUGCAAGGGACUCGACAACAGAGGCUGUAAUCCUCACUCGGUGUCCCAUCCCAUAUUUGAAGUUAGCCACAAGCUGUUCUAACGAUGCAGUGCGACGAGCUCGCAGCCAGAGAGGAGUUCACCUACAGCCACAUGCCCAUUCUGGAGAGGGGUGAUGGGACGCUGGGGCGACGGAGCGACAGGGGAACAGAGAGAAGGCCAGACAGGGGGGAGCGGUAUAGGCCCGAGCGGGACAGCUACACAGUGGACGUGAGGGCCAGUGACCUGCAGCUGGCCCAGCCGGAGCCUCUAAAGCACCCCUGCUUCAGCUACAGGGCCUGGCUCUACAGUGUCCUCAUAGGGGGCAGUCUGCUCAUCACAUCUGGUUUUUCUCUGUACCUGGGCAAUGUGUUUCCUUUUGCAAUGGACUACUUACGCUGUGCUGCAGGCUCUGGCCUCCCUGCAGCGAUCGCCAGUUUUGCCAUUGCCAAGAACCGACAUGUUGCAGUGUCAGACUUCCAGGUGGUCUACGUGUCAACCUUUGCUGUGACGACCACUUGCCUGGUUUGGUUUGGAUGCAAACUGGUCCUUAACCCUUCUGCUGUCAAUAUCAACUUCAACCUCAUUCUGAUGAUUUUGCUGGAGGUGUUAAUGGCCAGUACUGUCAUCCUGUCAGCCCGCUCUGCAGAAGACUGCUGCUGCCACAGGAAGCCGGUGACAUAUGACAGAUCUGUGGUUCUAAAGCCUGCAGUGUUCCCCACUCGACUCCUUAAAGCAUAUUCUGUAAUUGAAGUCAUUGUGGGAAUUUCUGCUGUAUUCGGAGGAAUUAUUGCACUCAACAUGGAUGCUUUACUACCUGGCCCCUACUUGUCUGUCACAUUUUUCUGGAUUCUUGUGGCUUGUUUCCCGAGUGCUAUUGCCAGUCAUGUUGUGUCAGAAUACCCCAACAAAUGUCUGGUGGAAGUGCUGAUUGCCAUCAGCAGCGUGACGUCUCCCCUGCUCUUUUCAGCCUCUGGCUUCCUUUCUUGCAGUGUGAUCAGCUUUAUUGAAAUUUUCCUACAUGAUGUGCCUACAGCCAAGCAAUCCUACGACAUCCUGCUGCUGAUUCUGAUGGUGCUGCUGCUGGUGCAGGCAAUUCUAACUUCAGCCACUGUGGUACACUGUGCCUCGUACAAGAGCCAGCUCCGCAUGGGGGCUCCAGAGUGUGACUACAGCAUGCACACCCCGACCCAUUACUGUGAGCAGCAAGCAGCCAAUGGAACGCUGCAGGAUUUUGAUAAAGACAGAGCCUGGAAAGCAGUUGUGGUCCAAAUGGCCCAAUGAACUGUCUUAGAGUUCACAGAGAAGUUUGACGAGAAGAGGAAAAAGGAGGAACAAACAAGGGGUUGGCUACUCAAUGCUGAAAGAAAAAAGACGUAAAGAUGUAUACUGAGAUGGAAAGAGAGAUUUAGGAGAAAAGGGAGAAGGAAAUAAAGACUGAAAGAUAGAGAAAGAAAUCACAGAGAAAGAAUUUUUUUUAAAUAAUGCACGGCAGAGAAUACGAUUUUUAAGAUAUUUGGAUAACGCUUUGAGCAUUUUGCUUUGAUGUCUGAUGUCUGAUGUCUGAUGACUGUUCCCUGCUUAGUGAGCAUUAUUUAACCUGGCCACCAUUCGGUGUAGUUUGAUAAGCACACAUAUUCUAUAUUGACACCAGGUACAAUGAGCAAUCAACUAAGUCCAUGUUGAGUAGUAUAAAAAUGUUACGAGCACUUGGGCAUAAACACAAAGUUUUAUAAUGUCUAUAAACAAUUAACAUUGUUCUAUACAGUAUAUGCAUACAACUCAAUUCGUUCAGGAUUUAAUGGAUGAUGCAGUGUUGUCAAGGUUGUACUGUAGGAUGAAAACAAUGCCAGUAUGUAUACAAAUCAAUGAAUAUAACAUGUUAACUAAAUCAAUGGCAGACUUUAUUCUCUGCAGAUUAUUUUUCCAAAUAGUGAAGACUGACUUAUUUUAGCACUCUCUUGACUGAAAGUUAUAUUUUGUUCAGUAGUUGGCCUCUUUGUGUCUUCUUGUGUACAGUGGUGUGGUAGUGGUUGCAACAGCGUAUUACAAGACAAUUGAUCCACCUGGAUAUUGCAGAUUAACCAAUAUUAAUAAUUGCAACUGAAAUUCUACUUUAU